ACCGAAAGCAUUCAUUGUGAAAUUGCCACUCAAAAUUGAAACAGCGCGGACAAACGGUUGAAGAAACGCAGAGCCCAGUGCGAAAAGAAUUUCAUAAGCAAAAGUUAAUCGGGUGCUAAACAAAAACACUCGAAAGCAAAGCUUUCGCAAAAGCGAAAGCAACAACAAACAGUGUCAGCUGAAAGUGUCCAAAAAGUGGAAGCCAACGGCUCGAAAAUUACACAAAACUCAAAGCAAACGCACAACCAAACGGAUAACACCCACAACAUGGUCGUCGAGGAGAACUGCAGCAUGCACCACCUGGAGCGCGAACUGGACCUGGAGCUAGAGAUCGAUCUGGCCAUGGAGUGCGCCCCCAUCGGACGCACCAUCAAGUCGGCCCUUCUGAGGGCCCAGAGCGAGGCGCGUGUGAUCGUGGGCCUGUCCGCCGCCAUCAACGUGCUCUCCAAGUCGCCGGAGGGAUCCCUCUUCUGCCUGAUGGCCCAGCCCAAGGACGGCGACUCCGCCACCCACAUGCACGAGGUGCUGCUGGAGGCCUUCUGCUACGAGAACGACAUCUACGUGAUCAAGGUGGACGACGCCACCAAGCUGAGCCGCAUCCUCGGCCAGGACUCCGUCGAGUCGUGCUGCCUGGUCCAGAAGGUCUGGGCCGACGCCCCCGAGGAGCAGCUGACCAAGGCCGAGAACCAGCUAGUCGACUACUGCGAGGCCCACUGGGACGCCCCCCAGCAGCCCAUUGUCCAGCUGCCGGCUGUGUAGGCGCGUGUGAGCGGGCAGCCAGAUGUCACAGAAUUGAACGGCCCCGCACAGUGGGCGCAAACAAACUCUAAUGGAAACCAGUUGCUGGGGGUUGAUGGCCCCGAACGUCUUGGAGAGUUCCCGAGGGAAUCCGACGUUUCGUGGCGCUGCCAGAAGCCCACCGGCACAUGUACACCUACAUAGGAUAUAUAGAAUACGACAUAUGUAUAUACCCUAACCAACUGUAUUCAGGAAGCAGGAGAGGGAGGAGGGGAGCAGAGAUGGAUAAGCCGGCGCCUUGGCGGAUAAUUGAAACUGAAAGGCGACCUUCGAGGCGGCAGAAACUGCAGCUGAGAUACCCGCGGAAGUCGCACACAGAUACUCACGCACACAGCCAGGGAGCAGCAUCACACACAAGCGCGUGACCAGCUGCCGAACCAACCACACAGAUGUGCACAUAUGUACACAGAACCAUACAUAAAUAUAGCCAAUUUGUUUCUGUAUAAUUUUCGCUUUAAGCGUCGCGCAAAUUUACUGAUAAUGACAAUUAUUCUGUACGCCGUAAAUUGUAAAUUAUACUUAAAAGGAGAGCAGCCAAUUGCAUGUAUACAUUAAAGUUUUGUUAUGUUAGCUUUUCCCCAAAAACAUGAGAUGAAAACACACAAAAAAA